GCCGACCCGAAAGCUACCACUGCGAAGCUAACUGGUGUUAGCUACCGGGAGCGGACAUGUUGUACCGACUCUUCCUUGAAUAAACAUCGUUGUAAACGGGGAAUCGGGAGUUAAGGGGAAGGCUCGGAGCGUCAGGCAAUCAUGGAUGCCGUCAACGCCUUUAACCAGGAGUUAUUCUCAUUGAUGGACUCCAAGCCCCCAAUAUCUCGGGCAAAGAUGAUUUCCAUCACCAAGUCAGCUAUCAAAGCUAUGAAACUCUAUAAACAUGUGGUCCAGAUUGUGGAGAAGUUCAUCAAAAAGUGUAAGCCUGAGUAUAAAGUAGCAGGCUUGUAUGUGGUGGAUUCUAUUGUUAGACAGUCCAGACACCAGUUUGGACCAGACAAGGAUGUGUUUGGUCCGAGGUUCACUAAAAACAUUAUGGGAACUUUUGAGAACCUCUGCCUUUGCCCCAUAGAAGACAGGAGUAAAAUUGUGCGGGUUUUGAACCUGUGGCAGAAGAACGGGGUAUUUAAGAUCGAGGUCAUUCAACCCCUGUUGGACAUGGCAGCCGGCUCCAGCAGUGGUGCUGCAUCCUUUGCAAGCACAGAUGAGCCAGGUUCUUCACCACCUCCAGCCAAAGAGCCUGUUACUGUGGUAACAGCCAACUCCACCACAACACUGGCUCCUCAGCUGCACAACUCUGAUGCUUUCGCUGCUGUUGCACAGCUCAUCCAGUCCUCACAGGGUCAGCAGCUUCAGCAGAUGCUUCAGAACUUUCAGCAGCAGCCAAUGAAGCAGGUUGAAACCAACACUCAGCCUCCUCUUCACGCCGUUCAAACAACACUCCAGAGCAUCUCCGCUGGGUUGGGCGUAGUUGUCCCACAGCCUCCUCUUCCCACGUCAAAACCUCCACCGCCUUCACAACCAACUCAGUCUGCCCAGCAGAAAACAGCCUUUGACAAGAAGCUGCUGGAUCGUUUUGACUAUGAUGAUGAACCAGAAGCGGGAGAAGAAACGAAAAAAGAAGAAAUCUCAUCACAACCCCAAUUUUUGCAACAGCCUCCAGCCUUCCUCCAGCACAUGGAGCACUUUAAUACACAGAUGAUGAACAUGUCACAAGACCUCUCACAACAGAUUCCUGUCCCUCCUAAUGGCCAGCUUCAGGCCUGUGGUCUACUGCCAGGUCAGAGCUUUCCUGUUGGCAUGCCCCCUAUGGGCCAUCCUAUGCCAGGGCAGCCUCUCCUUGGUUCUGCUGGACCUCCAGGCUUCCCAGGGGUGUACCCUCCCCAAAACGCAGCCCAGCAACAACAGAAUUCAUCAGCGGACAUGGAUAAUUCUUCUAUAAGGGAGGGUAGACACGGUCGAAGGUCACACUCAGGCUCCAGAUCUCCAAAGAGGAGGCGGUCACGGUCUAAUUCCCGUACACGACGAUCCAGGCACAGGCGAUCUCGCUCGCGCUCCAGAGACCGGCGUCACCAUUCUCCACGCUCUCGCUCACAGGAGCGUAGGGAGAGAGACAAGGAGAGAGAGCGACGGCAGAAAGGCCUUCCACCAGCCAAGAGCGAGACCCUGAGCAUUUGUAGUACAACUCUUUGGGUGGGUCAGUUGGACAAGAGAACACAACAGCAAGAUGUCGCCUCUUUACUCGAGGAGUUUGGGCCGAUAGAGUCCAUCAAUAUGAUCCCUCCACGUGGCUGUGCCUACAUUGUCAUGAUACACAGGCAGGAUGCCUUCAGGGCUCUGCAGAAACUCAGUAGAGGUUCAUAUAAAGUUAACCAGAAAGCAAUCAAGAUUGCCUGGGCUUUGAACAAGGGCAUAAAGCCUGAGUUUAAACAGUACUGGGAUGUUGAGCUGGGGGUCACCUACAUACCUUGGUCUAAAGUAAGAGAGGACCAGCUGGAGGAGCUAAAAGAAGGAGGGAUACUGGAUAUAGAGACCUUAUCGCCAGAGUGGAGUGGAGUUAGGAAGACUCUGGACCACCCAGAGGAACUCACACAUAAUGGCCGUUCUGAGCAGCAGCAGCCUGAGGAGCCGCAAGCAUUACCUGUAACCGCUGCAGCCCCUCCUCCUGCACAGAUUCCUCCAAUGCAGCAGCCAAUGGUUGGUGUAGGUUCCCUCCAACCACCAGUCUUUCCCGGUCCAAUGGGGAUACCUCCGCCUACCUUCACGCCAGGGGUCCCCCCUCCUCCUUUUAUCAGACCUGGCUUCAACCCCAUGCAAAUGCCGCCAGGGUUUCCUCCCCCAGGUCCUUUGCCAUUAGGCCCUCCACCUUCUUCCAAAGGUGGAAGUGAUGACCCACCUCACGACCCAACAGGAUUAGGCAACAGGAAAGAUGAUGUCCUUGAGGGUCUGAAAAUCUUCAACAAUCAGAUGGGACAUAUAGGCAACCAGGUAGGUGGUCCUCCAGUGGGACCUCCAGGUGCUCUUCCAGGUGGCCCUCUAACUAAUCCCCAAGGUGGUCCUCCAUUGGGACCUCCAGGUGGUCCUCCGGCUGGACUUCCAGGUGGUCCUCCAGUUGGACCUCAAGGUGCUCUUCCAGGUGGGCAUCCUGGAAACAUCCAGCCUCCCUCUGGUGGUCUGCUGGGAGCACGGCCAGGUAUAAUCCCACUUCAGCGUCCUCCGGUUCCGCUACCACCUCACAUGCAGAGAUUCCCUCCACCCCAUGGACCAAGACCACCUCAUCUCAACAUGCCACCUGUUGCCCCACAGAUGAUACCCAGGGGUCCACUCCCUCAGAUGAUGCGACAUGACGCCCCUCUGCCUAAAGCAGGCUUUGGAAUGCCGCCUCCACACAAUAUGAGACCUCCUUUCCCUCAUGGGCAUGGCCCUCCUCCUCAAGGUCCUCCCUCUCAGGGUCCUCCCCCUCAGGGUCCACCUCCUGCUCCUUUUGUCAGACCAGGGGGUCCUAGAGGCAUGGAAGGGUCUGAAGAAAUGGAUGACAGACCUUUCAGGGGAGACCGAUCUGGAUUCCGGGAUCGAGAGCAAGAAAGGGAGAGAGACUGGGAUCGAAACAGGGAUAGAGAGAGGGACAGAGGGUUUGGAGGUGGAAGGCGUCCAUUUGGUGAUAGAGGGAGGGGAGGUGGUAGUGACAAAAUGGAUGAAAGAGACAGGCUUGGAGGUUGGCAGGAAGAUGGCGGCAACCGUGGUGGAGGAUGGGAGAGAGACAGAGAACGAGAUCGUGAUAGAGACCGUGACCGUGAUCGGGACAGAGACAGAGACAGACGAGAUUGGAGGGAGAGGCGAGGUAGCCCCGACAGAGACAGGGAUCGAGGGCGAAGUGAUGAGGGGGAGAGGGAUCGAGGGAGGGGGGAGGUAGGAGAAAGAAGCAGGGGAGAAGGGGGGAGUCGGGAAAGAGGCAGAGGUGAUGAUGGAAAAGGGGAAAGGCCGAGGCGGUCGGAACGGCGAGAGAGGACCACAAGGUGGGAUAGAGAUGAUCGAUUGGCCGAACUGGAAAACAUGGACAAAUUUCGGACCUCAAACAGCGCAGAGCAGUCUCAUGUGACUCCUGAGGUUACCAUGGAAACCAGUAAAGACCCAGAUGGGGAAACUUCUCAAAAGAAAGCAGAUUCUGAACAUUUAGCUCAGCCCCCAGAGAUAACUACUGCGACAGGAGAUCAGGAGCCCUCUGACCCCUCGCCGUUAACUCAAAGUGAGCCCACAGAAACAAAACAGGAAGUGGCAUCAUAGGCCUGCAGCCAGAGAUUCACGUGAACCACUAAAAUACAUAAAAGCUUUUGUUCACUCUUAAUAGUCAGUCUCAGUUGUCGAAAGGUUGAAUUCUAACUCGUAACUAUUUGUCAGUUGGUCACUGAAAAUUUCUUUGCAGUAGCACAUUUUAUGAAAAUAGCCUCUCACACACAUUGUCAAGCAAAUGAAAGAUGGAUGUUUCCAAGCAUCAGAGUUAUAAUCUGGCCUUGCAUCUGCAUCUAAAUCACAAAAACAUCUGUUUAUAAAACAAGUCAGCUUUUGUUAAAUAUUGUCUCAGAACUUUAGUUUAUGUUCUUAUAAAUUGUAAGAAUGAGUUUUGCAUGUAAAAUUUAGGUUUUUUCUUUUAGCUUGUGUUGAGACAAAGGGGUGGGGGGCAGGGAUUAACUCAGUUUCUUCAUCUGUGGGAUGGCAGGGACUUCUCAAAGAUGUAUAUGUGUUCUUUUAGAGAUAUGUUUUUUAAUUUUGCCAAAAUGUCAUGUCGAACACUGAACUUUGUCUCAAACAACUCUGUUGUAAUAGAUGCUCCAUUAUUUUUUUCAUCAUCUUGUUUAGUGUUGAGUCAUUACAGUUUCACAGUCACAAAGGCACCGUUUUAAAAGGACUAUUAGUGGCCUUAAAAUGAAAUUGAAUUACUUGCAGGGAUUUGAAUGGAAAUGGAUUUCUGACUGAAAAAGAUCGUCUGAGUUGGGAUAAUGCAAAAUUCUGAACACAAACUUUCUCCUUUUCAUAAUGUGUCUUUUCACCCUUUGAGCCACACUUUAUCAAGCUUAAUAAGGACAUGUAUUGUCUUUAUUCUGCCUGACACUUGUUUGCUUUAACUGAUUAAUUAGUGAAAUGUGCUCUUUUGAAGUCCAGUACUUUGUAUUUACAAACCCAUCGUCAUUUCAUGGAUUUAUUAUAAGCUUUUAAAAUGACACGUCCACUAGUACUGAGACUCGUCAAGGGACUCUUAAGCAUCUGAGCUUGUUUUGAGAAGAUCUUGUAACCAAAUUAUUCCCGAAAAGUAACUCAUUCUAAUCAAGCCUUUUUACCAAAUCACCAAUACUUCCUAUUCUUUGAGUACUGAUACAGAUGUCCCUUUAUUGCAAAGCUAUCAUCAAACCUAUGUAUGCAUUUAAUAACAUUUACUGGUUUAAACAAAAAAUACACAACACUGUAGUACCCUCAAUCAGCAACUUUGCUUCAGGCAAAGCUUGCAAAGCGUCUUAACCUGCACAAAAAUGGAAGAAUUUUUUUUAAAGUAUAGAAAUUGUGAAGCUCACGUCAUACUUUUAGACACCAUAUUGUAUCCUAACUAACCAACUGUGGUAUUUAUAGGAGGUGAUGGGAGAGCAUUCCUUACUUGAUGGUGUUCCUUUGCCAGCAUAAAGCAUGACAUGACAUAUCAUCACAUUCUUCAUUGAAAUACAGUGACUUUGAAAUAUUCAGGAAAUAAAAGCAAAUCACUAUUGUCUCCAAUGACAGAAAAAGAAGGAAGAUUUUUUUUCCCCUUAACAAAAUGUCAGUCUUUUCUGAUUGUAUCAAAUAACUGAAACUGAUUUUGCAGUUGUUUUCCACUUGGCUUGCUUGGUUCCAGAUUUUAAAAAUCUGGUUCCAGCCCCCCGCCCCGCUACCACCAUCUUUACAAGCAGCCUAUAAAAAUGGUGUCUGUUCGUCAUAUACAGAUUUAAUUUAGUUCUAAUCAACAUACACCUGGAAUCAGCUAAUGCAACUCUAGUUGUGGACUGAUGUUUAACUGAGGCAGUGAAAGUAGAAAUGGAGCGAUGAAAUGAAGGGGUACUGCCUGGAACGCUGCUGUAAAUAUGCUUGUAUCACUGACAACUUUAAAGGUUCAUGUUAAUUGUUGUUAAUAAUCAGUGAUUUGUUUAUCUGAGAAACAAAUGGACACGUAAAAAACAGCAGAGGCCCCUUGCUUUAACGUUUUUAACUCCUAGUGGUUUGAAAAUUGACAAAUGUUUCUAUGAUUUGAUUAAAAUAGAAAAGACAUGGAUACAAAACCUUCAAUAUUUCAGCCACAGGAAAUUGUUUUUAAUAAACUAUUUUUGUACCAAA